AUGGAGCGUGUGGGAAAGAUUGUGUUUUAUGAAGACAAAAACUUCCAGGGUCGCCUUUACGAGUGCAGCAGUGACUGUCCUGAACUGACCACCCACUUCAGCCGCUGUAACUCCAUCCGUGUAGAGAGCGGGGCCUGGGUUAUCUUCGAGAGGCCGAACUACCUGGGCUACCAGUACAUCCUGACCAGAGGAGAGUACCCAGACUUCCAGCGCUGGAAUGGCUACAAUGACAGCAUCAGAUCCUGCAGGCUGAUACGACAUGUUUCUGGCACGUUCGCAAUUCGUAUCUUUGAGCGUCCUGACUUUGCAGGUCAGAUGUUGGAGUUCACCGAGGAUCUGAGCUCCCUGCCCGACCACUGGCACUUCAGCGAGGUGCACUCUGCUCAGGUGAAGGACGGCGCCUGGGUCUUCUACGAGCUUCCAAACUUCCGUGGCCGGCAAUACCUGCUGGAGAGAGGAGAGUAUCGCCGCUUCACCGAGUGGGCCGCCAUGAACCCCAACGUGGGCUCCCUCCGCCGCGUCCGCAGCUUCUAG